AUGAACACGGACAGGAGAAGAAACAAUGCGCCCAGUGGUGGUACCAGUGCGCCAGUGUUUGCGCGUACAAUCAGAGAACCCCAGUACCUGGAAAAGUUGAGGCCGACAAGGUCAAGAGGCGCGAAUGAGCUUCGCAGGAUCUUCCUCCAAACAUCCAUCAUACCCUCAGCGUCGGGUUCCGCGUACCUCGAAAUACCUUCCUCCUCCCCCGCGAAUAAGUCGACUCUGAUCCCACCAACGUCAUCGCUCAAGAUCACGGCUUCUAUACAAGGCCCCAAGCCUCUUCCCCGUAGCGCGCCCUUCAGUCCUUCGCUCCUCCUUACAACCACGGUCAAGUUUGCGCCGUUCGCAACACGACAACGGCGAGGCUACAUACGCGAUUCGGCAGAGCGCGACCUUGGAGUUCAUCUAGAGACUGCACUACGAGGUGUCAUCAUCGGAGAGAGAUGGCCCAAGAGUGGGGUCGAAGUUGUAGUCACCAUACUGGAAGGAGAUGAAGAUGGCUGGUGGGGAGACUCUGCUAGCGGCGGCAACGCGGCUGGGAGUGGAUGGGGUCUCUUGAACGUGCUAGCAGGCUGCAUCACGGUCGCCAGCGCUGCCAUAACGGACGCCGGGAUAGACUGCGUCGAUGUGGUGUGUGGAGGUGUUGCCGCAAUCACGCGAAACCCCGAGUCAAGACAAGAGCAGGAGCUGGCUAGAAUACUUGAUCCCUGUCCAGCAGAACACAAGGAGGUUGUUGCUGCCUGUGUAGUCGGAUACCUGGCUUCAAGAGACGAGAUCACAGAGAUAUGGAUGAAGGGGGACGUCGGCUCAGAUCCAGAUGCUUUGAUCGAGGGAGCCACGCAUGCCGCUGUCGGCAGUCUCGCGGUGGUCAAAGAGGUCCUGCUCGAAGCGCUACAAGCCAAGUUCCGGGGUCAGAUCGAGGCGAGCGAAAGCGGUAUGAAAAGGAAGGCACAAGACGUGGACAUGACAGGAUGA